AUGGAGAUCAAGGAAACCUUCCAAGUCGAGUACCUCGCUUACGAUCCGAUUGAAUCGCCAUACUUCAAGGUGGUCUCAGUUACCCGUUUUGGUUGGACGCCCGAGCCUGGAGAUUUUCUCUACGGCAGUUCUAGUGUUCCACUAGACCCUGAGAUAGAACAAUCUGAGUGGCCACCAUCUGUAUGCAUCUUACAUGUGUUCUCAUCGAGAACUAGACAGUGGGAGGAAAGGUCUUUUGUUCGAGAAGGUGAUUCCAUGGGGAUCGUGUCUGAAAUGAGACGGGACUGGCCAACCGAACAACGCAAUGCUGUGUACUGGCGAGGAGCGUUGUAUGUGCAUUGUCAAACUGAUUAUGUUAUGAGGGAGGCUGCAGAGUUCAAGUUUGGAAUCUUGAUGAAUCAGGCUGUCAAAUGGAGUGGGUACUGA